AUGCUUCAACCAGACAUGAUACUUCAUUCAAUCAGUUUGAAAAACACUCUACUUGAAACUGAUGUUACCAAUUUUAUCGCUAAAUGGUGUCUUCUCUUUUGUCCACCUUUAACGGUAACUCAACGAUUAUCAAAUGAAUUAGAUUCCUGCUUCAUAACUAUAAUUGAUGAACCAAUGAAUGCGCGUAUUGUAUUAAAUGAUUUAAUCAAACAUCAUACAAUAAAAACUUACAUUAUUGAUAGUUUAAAACGUUAUCAUGCAUUCGAUGAUAUUAGAACAGAAUUACCCAAAUGUAAACAAAUCAAAUAUGAUGAAACAAUGUAUAAUCAUGAUUUAUAUAAUGAAUUAAUUAGAAUCCUACCAAAUGUUACUAUUCGUAUGCUUCUUAUUUCAACUAUCGAAUCAUUAUCAUACGAUAGUCAACGUUAUUUGGGUAAUUUUAUAAAAAGAAAUGAUUUACCAAUUCCAUUUACAUAUUAUUUAUAUAAUAAUGAAACUAAUUUAAUUGACUAUAAAAUCAAUUUUAAUCUAUUGGCCGAAGUACAAUGUUUAUCAACAGAACAUUUGAUAAUACAAGUUGGUAGUCCAACAACUAUUGGUUUAGGUAAAACUAGUUUACUUCCAUAUAUUUUUCGUGAUAAACGUAAAGAGUCAUUAAAUACGUCUGGUUCACAAUCCCUACGUUCUGGUUGUAUCGAUACACUCUUUGGCACAGCACAGAUUGAUCAAAAUAAAGAGAAAUCUUGUAUAAUAUUCGAUGUUCAUGGAACAAUAUUAUCAGGCAUAAAUGAUACUAUUAUUCUAGCUCUUCAACAAUAUGCAUCAUUACAAUUUCUAUAUGUUACUGAAGCAGAUCUUGAAACGAACUUUUUACCUAAUAUGAUUAAUAAUAGUAUAUCUAAACCUACAAUUGUAUGUAUUUUUGAUGAUCAUUAUGAUAAACAUUUACAUGACGAACAUGUAAAUCUCGUUCAACAAUUUACAAAUCGUUACAGAAUGAAAAAUUGGUCUUAUGUUCAAUGGUUUCUAAUUCCUACAAAAAAUACAUGGUUAACACAAUCGGAUAAUCAACAAUAUGAUGAAAAUGAAAGAAUACAAACUUUACGUUCUCAAUUAAGUUAUAUUUUACAAAAAAUUAAUCAAACAAUAAUUGAUCCAACAUUAUUUAGAGCAAUAUUUCAAGUACAAUCAUUAUAUUGGUCACUUCUUCAUUAUAGUAUGAAUACUUUAAAUUAUGAUUCGACAUGUUACUUUGAAGUUGAAAGUGAAUUAAAACAAUUAUUUAAUGAUUUAUCAGAUACAACUGAUAAUUUACUAAUAACAACACCAAUCAGUUAUUUACAAUCUAAAAUAAAACAGAAUCAAAUGGAUUUACCUAGAAGGAAUAAAACAAAAUUUGUAAUAGAUGAAGUUCAACGAUAUGAAAAUCUUCUAAAGAAAAUCGAUCAAAUAUCAGAUCAUACACAAUUUUUUAUUGAUCUAUUAACAAAACGAACUUAUAUUGAAGUAUUAAUAACAGAAAAAUAUUUAGAACAAUGGAGAUCUGCUUAUGAACCACGUUUAAGAUCUGAAUUAAUAAAUGAAAAGCAUAAAAUGAUACAUUUAACAUCUGAAUUAAAACGAAUCGAAAUGUUAGAAAAACAACAAAAACUCAAUAAAUCAAUUGAUAUACAACAACAAUUACAAAUAGCAAAAGAAAAUUAUGAACAAAGUCACAAAAAAUUAAAUGAAAUUGAAAUAAAAUUAAUGAAUAUUGAUAUGACAAUUGGUCUUUUCUUUGAUGAAAUAUUAUCUGUUAGUGAUUAUAAUUCAUAUUUAAAAAAUUCAUUAUCAAUAGAAUUACUAGAUAAAAUAGCCAAAUGUAUGAUUGAAAUGAUGCAUCGUGGUAUAGCUAUACAUGUUCUACGUGGACGACCAUUAUAA